UCGGUCCUUCCCUCCCUCGCUCCCCCUCCUCGCGUCCGCGCCCCGCCCGCGCCUCCACCCCGCGGUGGGGGAGGGGUCGCGGCCGCUGCGCAGGGGUCACCUUGGUCUCCAGGACCAGGCCGAGCCAGAAGCAGCCCGCCCGUCGGCCCCGCAGCAGCGCCGCGCCACAACGUCUUCGACUCCCAACAAGAACGCCGUCGCCGAGCAGGAGCUCAGCCCCAGUUCAGUUCCCGCAGCCACACUGCGGGCACAGAGGAUAUUUCUCUGCGCAGUCCCAGUCGCGCCUAGAGCCAGGCUGCCCGGCCCGCUAUCUGAUCGGCCCGGCCGUCACUCUUCCGCGGACCUGCCGUACCCUGCCGUGCCCUGCCCCGGGCGCUGACCACUGUCUGCCCCGCCGUCCACACGCGCGCACGCUUGUCCUGCUGCCCAGGAGGAGCUGCACCAGGAGCUGCACCAGGAGCUGCACCAGGAGCUGCACCAGGAGCUCCAGGACUCGAGCGGCCAGCGCGCCAGUAUUGUUGCAUCAGCGCGCCAGCCUCCGGCGUCAGCCCAGCCUAAACCGACGUGUUUGAGAAGCUGAGACAUAUUUGAAGAGACAAUGAACGGCGCCUCCAAGAACGGGACGUCGCCUCCGGCCCCGGCGGCCGCGGGUCCCGCCAAGCGGCUCUCGGUGCAGCUGCUGAGCCCCGUCACGGAGCGGGUGCCCCGCAGCGAGUCCAAGGUGACGGUCGUGGGCGUCGGGCAGGUGGGCAUGGCGUGCGCCUUCAGCCUCCUGUCGCAGAACGUCACCUCGGACCUCGCGCUCGUCGACAUGGUGGAGGACAAGCUCAAGGGCGAGAUGAUGGACCUGCAGCACGGCUCCACCUUCCUCAAGAACGCGACCGUGACGGCGUCCACAGACUACGCCACGACGGCGGGCUCCAGGAUCUGCAUCGUGACGGCGGGCGCGCGCCAGAAGGAGGGCGAGUCCCGCCUGGAGCUGGUGCAGCGCAACACCGACAUCUUCCGCUCCAUCAUCCCCCAGCUCGUCAAGCACUCGCCGGACACCAUCCUGCUCAUCGUCAGCAACCCCGUGGACGUGCUGACCUACGUGGCGUGGAAGCUGUCCGGCCUGCCGCACCACCGCGUCAUCGGGUCCGGGACCAACCUGGACUCGUCUCGCUUCCGCUUCCUGCUCUCGCAGCGCCUCGGGCUCGCGCCCACCUCCGUCCACGGCUGGAUCAUCGGCGAGCACGGCGACACGAGCGUGCCGGUGUGGUCCGGUGUGAACGUGGCCGGAGUGCGACUUCGCGACAUUGAUCCUGAGAUCGGCAGCUCGGCCGACGACGAGAAGUGGUCCGAAGUCCAUCACCAAGUCGUGUCAAGUGCCUACGAAAUCAUCCGUCUGAAGGGAUAUACGUCCUGGGCCAUCGGUCUCAGCGUGUCGGCUCUGUGCCAGAGUAUAAUCCGCAACUCCCACGACGUGAGCGCCGUGUCGACGCUGGUGCGCGGCCACCACGGCAUCGACCACGAGGUGUUCCUCUCGCUGCCCAGCAUCCUGGGCGGCGGCGGCGUUGAGCAGAUCGUCAGGCAGCGCCUCACGGAGGAGGAGACCUCCAAGCUGCAGCAGUCGGCCGGGACCAUGGCCAAGGUGCAGGCCGGGCUGCGGCUGUAGGUCGCCGCCGAGGUUGCCGUCAAGGUCACCGCCAAGGUCGUCGCUGAGGUCGCCGCCGAGGUCGCCGCCGAGGUCGCCGCCGAGGUCGCCGCCGAGGUCGCCGCCGAGGUCGCCGCCUAGGUCGCCGCCUAGGUCGCCGCCUAGGUCGCCGCCUAGGUCACCGCUGAGGCCACCGCAUGCGGGGGACAAGAAAACUAUAACCUGAAAAUUCAACGCAUUUAAAUUUUCACGGCCCACCUGGUGUGGUGACGUAUCGUUUUGUUCAUCCAACUAGCUUUAUCAGUAUGCCUCUCUUAUCCUCUCUAGUCCUAGGAUGUAAGUGCAGACAUCAAGUUUUAAGAUGUGCAGUAAAAGUAAAAACCAUCUGCUGAUCUUAUACCUGUAAAUCAGCAUUGCCUUGUAAUGAUUACUAAAUAAUGAUAGGAAAGAAAGUAACUUAUUUAUAUUUAUUUAUAUGUAUCUAGAUAAAAACACUUUCCUUGAAUUUUUGUUGUGUGUAUAGUUUUUAUGUGUGUAUCUUUAGAGACGAAAUAGAAUUUAGAAAUUAA